CGGAGGCCCGGACCGUAACACCGUUACUCGGUCCUGUCAACGGAUGACAGCGAUCGACGUGCCAUGCGGUUCAUCCUUCGUGUUCGGGCUUCGGGACCGAUCGGCCUCUUUCUUGAUCCAGCCGCUGCCGAGACAGGACGCGUUAGACGAGCGAAGUUUUAGCGUGUGUGUGUGUGCGUGUGUAAUAAGUGUAAUAAGUGUAAUGUAAUAAAUAAGUUUUAAUUUGUUGUAAACCGCAAUCGUCCGCGUACCGGCAUCAUUGUCUCCCCCGAUAUCACCAACAUAAAAGUGGCGACGAGGAAAUUUGGUAAAAAAAAAAAAGUGAUACACACGCAGAGCAACAAUUCCUUCCUCACGCAAACGCCGUCGUACGGACUCAUCGAUGGAGGAAGAGCAGCGCCGUCUCUCGCAGCAGUUCGAAACCCCGGGUACUGCGUUACUACAACCCGGAUACGGCCAACCGCUCCCGCCAAACGCUCCAGCGGUCGAGCAGCAGGGAUCUCAAGCGUCCUCGGUACAUUUUUCGCCAUCGCUAUCAUCAGCGCCCACAAGCCUUCAUCCGCCAUCGCUCGCUCCAGCCGCUUCGAUGCAGCACCCGCCAUCGCUACCAGGCGUGUCACAAAACGGUGAGCCAACAAUGUAUCAAAUAAUGCAGCUUCUACGCCAAUUAAUGACAAAAAUUGAGCAACAGCCGCCAGCAUCACUGCCCACAAACGCAUCGCAGCAGCAGCUACCAGUAGUGCAUCCGCCAAGUGCAUCACAGCAGCAACCACUAGUAUCGGAAAUCGCGUCGCAGCCGCAGCAGCAGCAUCGGUCAGCUCCAGCCAAUCCGGAGCAAAUCCUGGACUCGCUGGCGAGAAACAUCACCGAAUUCCGCUUCGAGGCUGAAGCCGGUCUAACGUUCGAGGCGUGGUACUCGCGCUACGAGGAUCUGUUCGUCAGUGAUGCAGCCAGGAUUGACGAUGCGGCCAAGGUACGAAUGCUUAUGCGGAAGCUAGGAUCAAUGGAGCAUGAGAGGUACGUGAAUUACAUUUUACCCCGUAAUCCCCGCGAUUUAACAUUUGAGGCUACCGUGGAAAAAUUGAAGGCCAUUUUCGGCAAGGUCAGUUAUGGUGCGGAAUUGGCCCAAUUCCACAACAGAAGGGAAGCACUGACGACCGUUGGCGACUGUAUCCUCUUCGGAGAGAGGAUUGUGAUUCCCGCAGCUUUGCAGCAGAGAUGCCUUAGACAGCUUCAUCAAGGGCAUCCGGGCAUCCAGCGAAUGAAGGCGAUUGCACGCAGUUUCGUGUAUUGGCCAUCAUUGGACAGCGACAUCGCCGAUCGAGUUGCUUCAUGCGAAGCAUGCCAGGCUGCGGCGAAAUCACCACCAUCCCAGAUACCAUCAUGUUGGCCGAAGCCACCUGGGCCUUGGCACCGCGUACACAUCGAUUACGCUGGACCUGUGGAGGGAGCCUAUUUCCUGAUUGCGGUAGAUGCCUACUCCAAGUGGCCGGAAAUCAUUAAAACUGCAAGUAUUACCUCAUUCGCUACAAUAUCUAUUUUGCGAGGAAUAUUUGCCAGAUUUGGACCGCCAGUUACAUUGGUCAGCGACAACGGUACCCAGUUCUCCAGCGAGGCCUUCAAGGAGUUCUGUGAGUGUAACGGCAUCGACCAUGUUCGCACACCGCCUUUUCAUCCACAGUCCAACGGCCAGGCAGAGCGAUUUGUGGAUACCUUCAAGCGAUCACUGAAGAAAAUACGGGCGAGGAACGUGUCCCUUGAAGAGGCCCUGGACUUGUUUCUUCUCACGUAUCGCUCAACACCAAAUCCUGCUUUGGACCAGCGCACACCAGCCGAAGUGAUGUUUGGAAGAACGACCAGGACAAUUCAUCAUCUAUUGCGCCCUCCUGCAGCAUCGGAGUCUACAGCGAAGGAUGACUUUCGUGAAUGCCAGCCUGGUGAUUUAGUGUAUGCCAAGGUGUAUCGGGCAAACUCUUGGAAUUGGAUAGCAGGGAGGAUUGCUCGCAGAAUUGGCAACGUCAUGUACGAGGUUGUGUCGCACGACCAGAGAAGACUUCGACGUCAUGUGAAUCAGCUCCGCCGCCGUGUCGCUAGCUCAUCAGAACGGAACGAGAUGGAUCAGCACCAAUUUCCCCUUAGUUUACUUUUAGAUGAGAUGAGUUUGACGUCUCGUCAGCAGUCGCCGUCCGCUUCGCUGCCAACGGAGCCAGCCUCAUCUUCAGCAGCACCGGCGCUGACAGGGGUUCAGCGAGCACCGGCAUCAUCGCCAGCAUCAUCCGUGCAACCGGAGGUACAACGAGCGGCUUCGUCUAGUGGCAGCAGCAACACCCAGCAGACACAGCUACCACGACGAUCUUCUAGGACUAGAAGACUGCCUCGUAGGUUCAGCGCGUAUCGGCUGAAUUAAAAGGGGGAGGUGUUGAGUGUAUACUCGACCAAGCAGCGGAGGCCCGGACCGUAACACCGUUACUCGGUCCUGUCAACGGAUGACAGCGAUCGACGUGCCAUGCGGUUCAUCCUUCGUGUUCGGGCUUCGGGACCGAUCGGCCUCUUUCUUGAUCCAGCCGCUGCCGAGACAGGACGCGUUAGACGAGCGAAGUUUUAGCGUGUGUGUGUGUGCGUGUGUAAUAAGUGUAAUAAGUGUAAUGUAAUAAAUAAGUUUUAAUUUGUUGUAAACCGCAAUCGUCCGCGUACCGGCAUCAUUGUCUCCCCCGAUAUCACCAA